AAAUCUUCAUCCUUGAUGGAAGCUGCUUGUAGCUACAACAGAUGAGAGUUACUUCGUGCGCUCUUCCUUUCUGAGACGAGAGAUUAUCUGUGCUAUGCAUUAAUUUUUUGUCUCGAUAUAACUUCUAAGUUAUUGAUUUUGUCUUUGUAAAGAUGGAAGGUUUUGCUGAUCUCCUAACAGAUGUAUUUUCAGAGACAUCUGUUCCUCCGUUCCCGGACGAAGAUUUGGACUUUGAGAAUUUAACUUUUGAAGAAAAGUCUGAUGAAGACGGGACAGAAAACCUAACAACAAACAAUAAAGAGGCGACACUGCUCCAGGAAGCAACAGGUGAAGCGGCAGCUCUGUUUGAAACCAAAGAGACGGUUGAAAAUGUUUAUGGCGAGCAGUCGGACAAUGAAACAGAUGAGGAGGAUUUUAAAGUUGAGGGGAUCGGUGAAGAGGAGGAGGAGGAUCACAUGAGCUCAGAUGGAGAUUCUGCGCACGAAGGCUCCGUCUCUGGAGAAGAUGAUGAGGGUGUGGAAGAGGACAUAGGAGCGGCAGAGACAUCAGGGGAUUUGUUGAUGUCAGUGCGCUGCAGUGAUGAGUUCAAUGACAGUGAUAAGGAGGACGAGAUCUUUGCUGAGGGACAACCUCUGGCCCCGGAGGAUGCUGAAAACCCUCAAGUUAGAAACGAGGAGCGAGGUGAGGCUGAGUGCGACAGGGACGUGUCCUAUUUGGAAAGAUUCCCUGACCGAGGCGAUGAGACUGUGAUAAAAGCUGCAGAGGUAGGAGAGGACGAGGGAGAAAGCGAAGAAGAAGAAGAAGGAGGAGAAGAAGAAGAAGAAGAAGAAGAAGAAGAAGAAGGAAAAGAAGAAGAAGAAGAAGAAGAAGAAGAAGAGGACACAUCAUCUGAUUCUGAGUGUGAGAGCAUGAAAAUUGAACAGGAGGAAAAUGUUAUCGGACAGCCUCUUGAGGAGGAGGAAGAGGUGGAAAACAUUUACGGGGAUGAUCCUGAGGAAGCUAGUUCAGAGUUUCCUUGCAUAUCCUUGCAAAAUCUGCAGGAGCUCACUGGUGAAAGUGAUAAAGGGGAAUAUGCAGAGAAAAUGAAAGAUUUCUCGGGGGAUGAGCACCAAGAGGCAGGUGAGAGCUUUGCAGAUUACCCCUCAGACUUUUCUUCCUGUGAAUAUGCAGAAGAUGGGACAAAAAAUCAGGAAAGCAGGCCAGAUUUUGGGCCCGGUACAUCUGAAUGCAGUUCAUACACGCAGCAGGACGCUUUCAUGGAAGGACCUGUGGAAGAU